AUGUUCAGCUCUCCAGUGACGUCCAAGACAAAUGUAAUGGCGCCAGUACUGCCCUGGGUAGAAAAAUAUCGCCCCAAAAACGUGAACGAGAUCGCUCAUCAGGAGCAUGUUGUUGCCACGCUUAAAACCUCGAUAUCUAAUGGACAGCUGCCCCACUUGCUAUUUUACGGACCUCCGGGUACGGGUAAGACGUCCACCAUUGUAGCGGUAGGUCGGCAGCUUUUUGGACCAGACUUCCGCAAAAAUGGCCGAUUUUUGGAACUCAACGCAUCGGAUGAUCGAGGCAUCAAGGUGGUCCGCGAGAAAGUGAAGAGUUUUGCCCAAGGUGCAAUAAGUAGCAUUAGUGGUCUACCGCCCUUUAAGAUCAUUGUUCUUGAUGAGGCCGAUUCUAUGACCGGUGACGCCCAGUCAGCGUUGCGGCGCAUGAUGGAAAACUACUCUAAAGUCACUCGGUUUUGCCUUAUCUGUAAUUAUGUCAGCCGUAUUAUUGAGCCCGUGGCCUCACGAUGCGCCAAAUUUCGCUUUGCACCACUUGAAAGGGUCUCUAUGGCGUCUCGUAUGCGCUUUAUCGCAUCGGAAGAGCAUGUUAAUGUGUCAGACUCGGUUUUGGAUUUGCUUCUCGAGUGUUCAAACGGAGAUUUGCGUAAAGCAAUUAACUACUUGCAAAGUGCCAAGCAGCUUUGCGCCGAUGAGGACCUUUCAAAUGAUGAUGUUAUUGCAGUGGCAGGUCUUGCUCCUCUAGAGCUACUGCAGCAAUUUUGGGCUUCGGUGGCUUCUAACAGCUUUGAGAAGAUGAAGACAGACAUUGAGAGCAUAUUACUGGCUGGAUACCCUGUGCUCACAAUAUUGCGGCAACUAAAUGAUGACGUGCUCUCACUAGAUAAGCUGAAUGACGUACAAAAGGCCAAAAUUUGUCUUCGCAUUGCUGAGACUGAUAAAAAGCUGGUUGAUGGCGCCAGUGAGCAUUUCCAGCUGCUCGACGUCGCAUCCUAUGCUAUGCGUGUAUAUCACACAUCGUAG